AUGAGUUUUCAACGUCCUGAUAGUGUUCGUAUUGUUGAUGCUCUGGGUGAUAUUUCUCAAUUGCCGAAGGAUAUGCAGAUGGCCGUGUCGAAUCGACUUGACGAAAGCUUUCAGCCUGUGCCAGUGCCUCGAGACGGCGAUUGGCUAAAACAGCACCAAGAACGAGGCCAAACAAUGAAAUCGUUCGAAACAAAGGCAUCUAAAGCUGUUCCUCAUGGAACUUAUAAAACUAUAUUUAUUCAACCAAUCGGCAGUUUUGAUCAUCCAAGAGCAGCAAAAUUGAAUGUGAUACUUGAAUUCGCUCGAGUCUUCUUUGCCGGUUGUGAAGUAGAGCUAUUACCAGGAGUUGAUUUUUCUCCGAGUAUGAAAAGUCGUGACAAUGGUGGUGUUCUUCAAUAUUUGACUGGCAAUAUACACACAUAUAUUGCCCAAACACGUCAUUUACGAGAUACAAAACGUGAACUUCUUUGUGUUGCCGUCACAAUGGCUGAUAUAUAUCCAGAUGAGAGUUGGAAUUUUGUUUAUGGACAAGCUCGCAGCAGCGAGGGUGUUGGCGUAUAUUCAUUUGCACGUCUUGAUCCAUUAUUCUACCAUUCAACUCCUAAAGAAAUUCUUCAAACACCGUUGACCGAAGAACAUCGCAUCAUUAUGCUUCGGCGCUGUAUAAAAAUUCUCUUACAUGAAGUCGGACAUCUAUUUGGUUUGAACCAUUGUAUCUAUUACAUUUGUUUAAUGAACGGUGCUAACAACGAAAGAGAAAUGGAUCGACAACCUUUACUUCUGUGUCCUGUCUGUCUACAUAAACUUUAUUCGUCACUUCGCUUCGAUGUUCGACAGUUCGAUGAACUAAAGAAAGCUUGCUCCACAAAAAACAUUGAAAUAUCGGGUGAAGCAACUCCGAAUACAUCUGGAUCUUUCGAAGUCACUGUUGAUGGAAAACUAGUCCACUCGAAAAAGAAAGGUGACGGUUUUCCUGAUACACAAGAGAAAAUGAAUAAAAUCGUGAAAGCAGUCGAUGGAAAUGAAACUGAAACGGAGGUCGGCGACAAAGCCAAAACAGAAGCCGCAUCCGGCGAUAAAUCCGACAGCGACUAA